AUGGAGAAGCAACUGAACACUCAAGGUGGGGAAGAACAACCUUCAACCCCGUUCGACAAAUUUAUUACACCGAGCCCUAGUGCAAGUGAGGGUUGUGAAACCGAGUAUGAGAGUGGUGAGGAGGAACUUACCUCGAGGCUGAAGAAGAAACCUCAUGGAGAGGGAGCAGAUUUCAAUCCUAAGGAUGAUGAAGAACACCAAAGUAACGAGAUCCCACUAAGACCCUGUCUAUUGGAAUUCAACGAGGUAGAGGGAACCUCUGUACCUAAGCUGAUGCCUACAAGCGUCCUCAGAGAAGUCUAA